AUGGCGUCACACGCAAACAGCGCACAUGACUUCCUGGAUUUGGACAUUCAAACACUGCGUCAAUUCGUCGAGCUUUUUCCGGACGAAGGCCUCUCCAAGGUUGUGACUGGCUACUUGAGCAGUGGCCUGUCGCGAUACCCGCUCAAUGUCGAAAGUGCCGACGCCCCAGAUUUGAGCGAGGGCGGAGUAUCGCUCAGCCAGAAUGAAGCACUAACACAAGAGGACUGUUUGAUGAUGAUGACUGAGGGUAUCGAGGACGCGAAGGAUUCAUCACUUGCGCAUUGUCUUCUUGGGGAGUUCUAUUUGUUUCUGGAAGAGUAUGAGAGCGCCGUUGAGACCACGCGGAAAGGCCUGAAGCUUGCGGCCACGGAGGCGAAGAGGACGGAUCUAUCAUUCCAAAGGAUACGAGACGCGCUGAACAGCACACUGGCGACUGCAAUGGUUUACUAUCAAACUCCAAGGAAUCACCCUGAGGCAAAAGGCAUCUUCGAGGCGAUAUUGGAGCGACAACCCCAGUUCACGGCAGCUUUGAUUGGUAUCGGACUCAUCCUAGAGGAGGAGGAGGAAUAUGCUAAUGCAGUCGAAUUCCUUGAGCAAGCACUAAAGCAGGAUCCAUCAAAUGGCCGCAUCGGCGCAGAGGCAGCCUGGUGUCAGGCCCUCAGUGGCGACUACCAGACCGGUCUCUCAAGGCUUCAAGAUUAUCUGGAGUACCCCCAACUAGACGCAUCAAAACCGCGAGGCCGCGAGCUGCGGGCGCAAACACUGUAUAGGAUAGGUGUCUGCAUGUGGGAGCUCGAUUCUUCGAAAGCAGCGCGUCGCAACCGUGAAGGACCUUAUGCGAUGUUCCUGGCCGCCAUCAAGGCAAACCCUAACUUUGCACCAGCAUACACCAAGCUCGGCAUUUUCUACGAGGAUUACAACAGGGACAAGAAGCGCGCAAGACAGUGUUUCCAGAAGGCCUUCGAGCUAUCACCGUCAGAGAUUGUUGCGGCGGAGAGAUUGGCACGUCUGUUUGCUAACCAAGGCGAAUGGGACAUCGUUGAGGUGAUAUCGCAGCGAGUAGUAGACUCCGGCAAGGUGAGAACUUCGCCGGGCUCGAAGAAGAAAGGCGUUAGCUGGCCUUUUUCCGCGCUAGGAGUCGUGCAGAUGAACAAGCAGGAGUAUCAGAAAAGCAUCGUAUCCUUCCUUUCGGCUCUCCGCAUCAGCCCUGAUGACUACCAUUCGUACAUUGGUCUCGGCGAGAGUUACCACAAUUCGGGCCGCUACAAUUCCGCUGCGAAAGCCUUCAACUAUGCCGAGAACCCCUCCGAUAGUGUCAUAAUCAAGAAAGCGAACAGCGAGGGCUGGUUCGCGAAAUACAUGCUGGCGAACGUCAACCGCGAACUUAGUGAAUUCAAACAAGCUAUUGAAGGAUACGAAGAGGUUCUGAAAGAGCGGUCCCAGGAGUUCGGCGUCUCAAUUGCACUACUACAGACUCUGGUAGAGAAGGGGUGGCGUUGUAUUGAGACCGGUUUCUUUGGAGAGGCGGCAGACAGCGCGAUAAGGGCUGUGGAUGUUGCCCUGACAAUCACGGAAUAUAAGCCUGACGCGUUCAAUUUGUGGAAAGCCGUAGGCGAUGCUUUGAGCAUCUUCACUUGGGUCCAGGAAAAAUUGGGGCAGUAUCCAGGAAGUCAAGUGUCGAAAUUGCUCAACAGCCAGUCAGAUAUUGAGCUCAAUUUCGACACUCACAAAGACAUUGAUGGCAUUGGAAGUAGCGAUCUAGCUGCUCUUGCAUCAGAGAAGUCAUCAACUUUGACAAACAUACUCCGAGCAUCGAUACUCGCUCACAAGCGAGCGAUUGCGAGUUGUGUUCAUGAUAUCCAUGCGCAAGCCGUUGCUUGGUAUAACUUGGGUUGGACCGAAUAUCGUGCCCACAUUUGCUUGGAGCAGGAAACUACUGAAGAUGCCAAUCUCACCACGUACCUCCGGGCAGCAAUGCGGUGCUUCAAGCGAGCCAUUGAGCUUGAAGCCGGCAACUCUGAGUUUUGGAACUCCCUCGGCGUCAUUACUACCACAUUGAACGCCAGGGUCGCUCAGCAUGCCCUUGUUCGCUCCCUGCAUCUGAACGAGCGAAGCGUACGCGCAUGGACUAAUCUGGGAACGCUCUACCUCCUUCAGAAUGAUACUGAGCUUGCCCACCAAGCCUUCUCUCGCGCGCAGUCUACAGAUCCGGAUUACGCAUUGGCAUGGGUAGGAGAAGGCAUCGUCGCCUUGCUCUUCGGUGACACCACUGAAGCGCUCUCGCAUUUCACGCAUGCAUUCGAGCUGUCAGAUUCCUCAUCGUUGAUCACAAAGCGCCAUUACGCCGUGUCGACCUUCGACUUCCUGGUCUCUUCACCCUCCGCAUCGAACAACAUCACCAACCUCAUACAGCCCUUAUUCGCCCUCCAUCAGCUAGGCUUCCAAGCCCCGUACGAUAUCCCACACAAACACCUCGCGGCCCUUUUCCUGGAGCGCAUCGGCAACCACGAUGCCGCCAUCCAGGCCUUGACCACCAUCUGUGAAGUCGCAGAACAAGACUAUGAAACCUCUGAAUCGCUCUCUGCCCUUGCCCGCUUCUCCAAAGCGAAGAACGACCUAGCACGCAACCUCCUCGCCACUGGCUCAUAUGUCCCCGCCAUAGAAGAGACCGAAACAGCCCUCGAGCUCCUCUCCGACUUCGACGCCCAAGCAAACACUUCCAUCCUCUCCCAGUCUGCAUUCGACAAAACCAUGCUCUCAGCACGAGUUACUGCCGGCCUGGCGCACUAUUUCCAAGGCGACCUGGAUGCCGCGAUUCCCUACUUUCGCACCUGUCUGAGCGCGACGAACUCCGAUCCAGAUAUAAUUUGUCUCCUAGCGGAAGUCCUCUGGGCGAAAGGCGGUGAAAACGAGAAAGACAUUGCGCGCGAGCAGCUCUUCUCCGCUGUGGAGACGCACGGGCGGCACGUGGGUAUUGUGACGCUGCUCGGUGCUAUGGCUGUUACGGAUGAGGACGAGGAUACCAUGGCUGCUGUAAAAGAAGAUCUCGAUUCUUUACGCACGUCGUCAGACAUAUCGGAAUCCGACCUCUCCCGGGUGGAAAAGGUCAUUGAAGCAAUUUCUCUCUUCCUCGGCGGCGAAGAAAGCGAGUUGGACGAGGCGAAGCGGAGUGUUAUGCUCGCGCCGUGGAAGCACAUGGGGUGGAAGGAGUUGGCUGGUGCGACCGAGAGGAGCACGUUCGGGGCUGUCAUGGCGCGGGAAACGGCGGGGCGGAGUGUGCCGCCUUUGGGUGGGUUGGAUGCGAAGGAUCUAGCCGAUGCUGUGGCAGGCACUGGGAAGGUGGGAGAUGCGCAGAAGGGCGUCGUGCUUGCGCCGUGGCGCAAGGAGGGUUGGGGUGCGCUGAGGGAAUGUGUGUCGAAGGCUUGA